GUUUUCCAACCAACGCGAGUCGGAGGCGACAAGAAAUCAAGCGUAGUAGCUCAAGAUAGUGCCUUUCAUCGUUUGUUAUUGGUUGUACUACGUGGAAUGGCAAUUAUUUAAACAUCACCUCCGGGCCCUACUUUAUCAUUCAUGGACGCUUUUGGAUCCAUAGACCCAGCUGCUCUAGCAGUGGCCAUUAUUGCAGUCCUGUAUGCUAUGAAAGAGACGCUCUCCGACUGGAAUACUAUACUGGAAAACUGGAUCGGGUUUCUGGUUUUGGUUCAGUUUGCUACGGCAUGUGGAAGUGCAACCAUUCUGGGUUUUUUGGCCGAGGUGGGCGAUCGCCGCUACUCGCGCUAUGGUUGUGAUGGAGUGACGAUCAAGGAGCUAAAGUUCGCGAAUCACAUUGUCAAGCGCUGUCAGAUAUGGAAAAUGGCAUGGUGGAUGGACAUUGUGUUGACCGCUGGUCUUGGAGUUCAAAUUUUCCCGCCUCCAAUUAGGUUAUUUUUGUGGGCUACAAUCAUACUAAUUUCUUCACCCAUAGCCGGUAUUGCAACGGUAUGGGACAAAAUAACUGGUACAGCUGCCUACCGAAACUUGGGUACAUAUGAUGGAUACAAGCUCCUACUAACUUACACGGCUGAAGACUAUGCAUUCGGAACAGGAAGAGCUUCAGAAGAUACUGUUCGUAUGUUUGCUCUAAGAACCAUCAUUGCACUGGGAUUCGGAGACGAUCUUGGUGCACUCGGAUUACUAAAGCUGUGUACUCCUUCUGCAACGUACACAAGAGCAGAUUUUUUGACCCAUGUCGCUGUUGCAAAAAAUACUGAAAGAUAUUACAAACCAGGUCUCAAAACGUUCUCAAGAUUUGAUAUCGAUUUGGAAUUCGAUCAAGUGGAAGCAUGGUACGGCCAGGUGAAAAUUACAUCAAAAAAAGACUCUCCAAUCGCAAUCGAUGGCUUUUCAAAACCUGCUGGAGGAUAUACACCGUUAGGGUUAAGCAUGGCAGCAAAAUGGUUAGCUACCGCCAAGAGCGUCAAACCUAUGAUCCCUUUUGUCAGUUGGGUGCUACAAACAGCGAAAGAUGCACAAUUAUCGAAAGAAAGUAAGAAAGAGUAUGAUCACAAGCAGCUCGCAUGGCGAUUAGUGGAUACUUGUAUCAUUCUCUCAAGUGCUGUAAGGGUUGCCAUCCAUGGAGACUGUAGAAGCGACACAGAGGGUAUAUCCGAACUAGAAAUGCUCUUAAAACCAUGGUUUCAUGAUGAACUUCCUUUCUACCGUCCUUCAUUCCGUGAUAUGAAAGGACAAUUCCCUUGGUGCGCAAUUGAUCAUCGUCAAUCGGAUUGCAUAUGCAAUUGUCUAGCUUUGCCCUACGAAGCCGUUUCAUUGCAAGCUGUUGUUGGCCAACAGUUCAGUGACCAAGUUCCGACAUUGGUUAUCAGUAAAUAUGAGCAGGAAGCAUAUUACUACGUGAUUUACAGUGGCAAAAACGCUGUCAGACUUUUGGAGCAUAAUUUACAAGACUUCAUACUGGGUGGUUUCUUGGAAGAAUUUGGCAUUAUAGUAGCAGGUAAACCAUUCAAGCAUCCACCGUGUAACGGAGAUGAUAUUACAGUUCAGGUGCAAACCUAAAGGCAGUGUCCAGUUUGUUAUUUGAUUCUGUCGAACGCAGGAAUUCUCCCACUAUUGCAUUUUCACACACGAGUCUAGAGAUGCU